AUGCCACUGAUUAGUCCUUUUAUGUAUUGCAUGUUAGCGAACGUCCGGCAGCUUCAAGAGAAGAGGAUGACAGCAAAGAGUGUCACUCUAAAUGGGGAGCGAGAGAGGCCAUUUCGUUUCGACCCGGAUGAUCCCGAAUACAUUAAAGACUUACAAAGACCAGCAGUCAUAAAGGAAGAUCUCACCGAAAUGGAGCGAAGGAAGCGUGUACAGCAACUGCUAGAGUCGAAAAGCUUUUGUAGAGAACUAGAAGAGGUGAUUCGGCAAGAAUCCGAUAGCUGUCGCAGCGAUCCCGAACAUUUGAAGACUAUCCAACGGCUCUCCGAACUAACGCUUCCCAAUGGAGCUAUGACAUUUGCUAAUUUGCACUCUGUUGCUGGAUCUGCCAUUCCAAUAGCGGAUCUGAAGGGUAAUGACAACUACUCAAGGCAAGAAAAGCUGUUAAGAAACAAGCUCGCGUCACUCUAUCGACUCGUUGAUUUAUUUCAGUGGUCUCAAGGGAUUUACAAUCACAUCACGCUACGUCUACCCAAUGAUGAUGAUCAUAUCUUGGUGAAUCCAUUUGGUUUGCUGUACCACGAAAUUACCGCUAGCAGCCUAGUCAAAGUGAAUCUGCAGGGUGAAAUUGUUGACCCUGGAACUACAAAGCUAGGAAUAAAUCAGAAUGGUUUAAUGCUGCAUUCGGCAAUACAUUCAGCACGGUCGGAUGUGCGAUGUAUUCUGCACAUGCAUACAGCGGUCGUAUCGGCGGUUGCCAGCAUGAAAUGCGGUCUACUCCCUCUUUGCCAAGAAGCGAUGGUCAUCGGUCCAGUUGCGUACCACGACUAUCAGGGUUCACUGAACGAAGAGGCAGACAGAGAGGCGCUAGUGAAGAGUCUCGGAGACAAAAAUGUUAUGUUAUUACGGAAUCAUGGAUUCGUAGUAUGCGGACAGACGGUCGAGGACGCUCUUCAACUUGCUUUUCACACAGUUGUUGCCUGUGAAACGCAGAUUCGAGCUGCAAGGGCGGGAAUUGAAAACCUCGUCAUACCAGAUGAUAAAGCGAUUGAGAAAGCCUACAAAACCGCUCGUGCUUCUGAUGGUGGAGCAGCGAAUCGGUCGCCAAUAAGGGAUCAGAGUGGAAAUAUCGUCAGUUGGCGAGUUGGCGAAUUGGAAUGGGAGGCUUGGAUGCGGGUUUUGGAUCAUGCUGGGUUUCGCACGGGUCAUAUAUACCGGCAGCCUUCGCUGCGACCAAAAUCGGCAAUGUCGCAUUCAACUGUGAAUAACAACGAUGUAGCAGUUCCUCCAAGUGCUUCUGCCAUAGGAAUGCUGGACGAGAGUGAUGCGGAAGCGGUUGCUGCCCACAAACUAGCUCUCUUGAGAAAAGAACAGGAAAGAAGUCGCUGGCUCAACAGUCCCAAUGCUUACCAGAAGGUAGAAAUCCUCGAAACUGGAACUGAUAAUCCUAAGAAAAUCACAAAGUGGGUACAAGAUGCUACAUCCCCAUCAGCCAGUGGCACGCCCGUCAAGAUAAACAUGCCUCACCACUUUAGUCCGAUGUCGAGCAAUCCAAAAGAGUUCAAAGACAAGCAACGGGCUAUAAAGGAGAGUGGAAGACUAGGAACCACCACCGCUGGCCCACAGAGCCAAAUACUCGACGGUGUUACAUAUGAAGAGAUAGCCAAAAUGCGGCCCGAUGUUGAUGGCAUUGUUGGUCAGACAGACAGGACAGUUCUUAUCGGUACUGCUAGUAAAGGAAUCAUUGACAGGCAGCAUCAGCACAAUGCUCAGGUUUAUCGUCAGCUUUAUGCUCCUAAUCCAUUUGCUUGCGAAACUGAUGAGGACAUCAAGAAGUACAUGGAAGAGGUUGAAUUGAAGUCGCCAAAAUCCCGCACUCCCUGUUCUUCUGCUAGAGAUAAGUCUCUGGAGCGUUCGCAAAGAACGUCAAGUCCUUUUGAAGAAGAUCCUGGAGCAGACACGGCUUCGCUGAUGCAAGCUGCCCGUGUUCACCGAACGUCGGACAAUGCUAAAACGAGUGCUUCUGCUGAAGGCCUGGAUAUUCUUCCCGAGACUGCCGCAAAUGUUGAAAAAUCUCUAACAAACGUCAGGAGUAUGCCCGACUCGACACGCAGUCAUACACAAAAAGGGAGCCUAACACUGGAUAUGGACUACCUCGAAGCUCGACGGAAGCUCGACUUGUCCACCUUCUUCCGGCGUACAAAGAGCGAACGCAGUACGACCUAUCCCCUUGGGAAUUCCUCAGCUCGGUCAAACGCCACCAUAUCUGAGGAUGAGGCUUCAUCCAGAGGCGAGAAAAAGAAGAAGAAGAAAAGUUUAUUUUCAUUUAUGAAGAAGAAGGACAAGUCCACGUCAUCAUAGUUGGUUUGUAAGGCGCACUAACCUCGAUACGAGUAUCCGGUGUUCUUCUGUCAAUGGCUACGUUGCUUUCUGUAUCGUCCCACUUCUACUUUCAGCUUCUGACUCACAUACUUGUUUUACGAAAAUACUUACAUUUAUUGCAGUUUUUAAGGCUCUAGUACGCUACAUUUUGUCUGUUAUUUGUUGAUUUUCUCAGAUCAUCCUUCACGUCGCCGCGUUCGAGUUGAAACGUACGUCUGAGCUCUGAAGGCGUGCGCAUUAUAUACUCAGCAAAUCAACGUCGCUAGCUGGACCGUACAUGCUGUCAUUGUAGUAAUACUCACUCAUUUUUUUCGUAACCUGGAGAGAUUGUUUGUAGGAGAUCGUCAUAUCCACUACUUUGACACAGUUAUUCUCUUUUCGAGGAGUAUUAGCAAAAUUCUCAUAUCGCACUUUCUUAAUCCUUCUCCGUAGAGCAACAUAUAGUGUCGAAAUUAUCUUCAUAGUGCGUCCGAAAAGCGUGCAACUAGGACCAAGGCAUGUGGAAGGUCUACGCUGAAGUUUCAUAUCCACGGUGAGGAAAACGGUGCGCAAAAAUUUCUAUGAUUAGCUUAGGCUUUUGUGUGCAAAUGUUGUGAUCAGUUCAUACUAAACGAAAUAAUUGAACUGUUUGUUUUUAUUCCGGGUUGGUUUCCAUUUUCCAUAGGCAUUGUUUAUAUUGUGCAAUUCCGUAAUUUUACAUUCUAUCCCUUGCACUAUUUUCUCAUGAAUACUUGCACUUCCAUUCUCUUUCGCCUAAUAUUGAAAAAUUCUGCUGUAUGCGGAUCAUAAUUUUUAUCCCAGAGUUUUACAAGCUUCGGCUUCACGCAGCUUUUACGGAUCGUAUAAUUUGGCUCAUGUCAUUUCACAUGAUUUUUUCCCUUUAUUUGUGAUAUAUUUAUAUCAAAAAUUUGUCGUUACCCUCCCAGUUACAUACUUGUGAUUUUCUAAUUUUCUGUUGUAGUCAGACCUGCUGGUGCGUUUGUGUGCGUCCUAUGCGACUGAGCAGAUCUUCCAAUAAAUAUCA